AUGGAUCAUAAGCAUGAAAUAGAGCUUUCUUCACUUCCUCGUACCAAAAUAAGUUUCCAAAAAGACAUCAUUUCACAACCUCAAAUACACAACAAGGGUGGUUUCAUUACCAUGCCUUUCAUCAUAGCAAAUGAAUCACUUGCUAGAGUUGCAACAUUAGGAUUGUUGCCAAAUAUGAUACUUUAUUUGAUGGCAAGUUAUAAUCUGCAUUUGUCUAAAGCUACUCAUAUACUCCUCUUAUCUGUUGCUACCACCAAUUUCAUGCCUCUUAUUGGUGCUUUUGUUGCUGAUUCUCAUCUUGGUCGCUUCCUUGCUGUUGGUUUAGGUUCCAUCAUCACUUUUAUGGGAAUGGUACUCUUAUGGCUAACAGCCAUGAUCCCUCAAGCAAGGCCUCCUCCUUGCAAUCCAUCAUCUGAAAGAUGUAUAUCUGCAACAACCGCACAAAUGACGAUGCUAAUUUCUUCCCUUGCUCUUAUGUCCAUUGGAAACGGUGGCCUUCAAUGCUCCAUAGCAUUCGGCGCGGACCAGGUGAAUAGAAAAGACAAUCCCAAUAACCAGAGAGCCUUGGAAAUAUUCUUCAGCUGGUAUUAUGCUACCUCAGCUAUUUCUGUCAUAAUUGCUUUCACAGGAAUAGUUUAUAUCCAAGAUCAUCUCGGAUGGAAACUCGGUUUCGGAAUUCCAGCAGCACUUAUGUUCUUUUCCACUUUCUUCUUUUUUCUGGCUUCUCCGCUUUACGUAAAGAACAAAACAAAUAGCAGCUUGUUCACUGGCUUUUUACAAGUGAUCGUUGCGGCUUAUAAGAACAGGAAGCUUCGACUACCUCCUAAGAACUCGGACGGAAUGUAUCAUCGAUUGAAAGAUUCUGAACUUAUCGUUCCAACUGAUAAACUAAGGUUUCUGAAUAAAGCUUGUUUCGUUCGAAGUCCAGAAAAAGAUAUAGCCUCGGAUCCUUGGAGUUUAUGCACAAUUGAUCAAGUAGAAGAAUUCAAAGCUAUUAUCAAAGUUAUUCCUUUGUGGUCUACGAGUAUCAUGAUGUCGCUUAACAUUGGAGGCUCGUUUGGGUUGUUGCAAGCGAAAUCGCUGAACAGACACAUCACUCGAAGCUUUGAAGUUCCGGCCGGUUCUCUAACUGUAAUCCUGAUAUUCACGAUAUUUAUAUGGAUAGCUCUUUAUGAUCGCGUCUUUAUUCCACUAGCCUCGAAGUUACUUGGCAAACAAGUUAGGAUUAGUGCCAAGAAUAGAAUGGGACUUGGAUUGUUUUUCUCUUUUCUACACUUGGUGACAGCGGCAAUAGUCGAGACUAUAAGGCGAAGAAGAGCAAUCGGAGAAGGUUACAGUAAUAAUCCUAACGCGGUGUUGAACAUGUCUGCUAUGUGGCUUUUUCCUCAACUCUGCUUAGGUGGUAUAGCUGAAGCAUUCAAUGCUAUAGGCCAAAAUGAGUUCUACUACACCGAAUUUCCAAAGACUAUGUCGAGCAUCGCUUCGUCUCUUUUCGGACUAGGAAUGGCCGUUGGAUACGUGUUAUCUUCAUUUUUGUUCAGCAUUGUCGAAAGGAUUACCUCAAAAGGCGGAAAAGAUGGUUGGAUUUCGGAUAAUAUUAACAAGGGUCGAUUCGAUAAGUACUAUUGGGUUAUUGCCGCGGUGAGUGGUGUUAAUAUACUGUAUUAUUUAGUAUGCAGUUGGGCUUAUGGAGAUACUGCUGAUGUAGAAUCAAAGGUGAGUGAUGAAAAUGAUUCAAAUGAGGAAGAGUUACCAUUAAUUGAGUUAAGAAAUGAGGGUUCAUAUCACAAAGAUAGGUUAGUGAAGAAAUCAUAA